CUCGUAUCACUCGAGCUCGUCGAUGUCAUCUUCACUGACAUUAUUUUUUGACAUUCUCCAUUGCAACCCCACACAUCAACGCUCUCAAACUUUCCAAAACACAAAGUUGGGCCACCGGCUACGAUCACAUAUUCAAAGCCCUUAUUGACCUCUUGGCUUCCCAUCCCUCUACUCGGCAAAGCUUUCUUCCUCUCCUCGCGAAUCUUCAUAUCAGUGCUAUCAAAAAAGCCCUGUUCUUUCGUUGAUCAUGUUUUCUUAGACAUGGUAUCUUUGAGAUGGAACACUAGGAUCUUGUCGGCCGUCGCCCUGGAUAUAUCGGGGCCAGGGAAGGAAGGACUUGAGUUGGGGAUUGACAAAGAGUUUCGCAAAUACCAAAACGACGGAUUGGAUAUCAAACUUAGUGUCUUGCAUCGCGAUCGUGAAGCUAAAGCCCUAUGCCCUAUAAGAAAGAGAUAUGUCUAAAUUUUAAAGAUCAUUCGUCCGUGUUGUAAGUAGAGAGCAGAGUAAUGUAAC